CAUUGAUGUCUGAUGCAUGGUAUAUGGAACUACCUGUAAAACUGAUUUUAAAAAAGUGUAAUUAUGAUCAUUCUUCUUAGAAGCAUUAACAUAAUACAUGAUCUACAAACUGUUGGACCAGGCUGGGGUACAGUGACAGGGGGCAGGAUGUCCAAUAACAUGGCUAAGAUUGCAGAUGCCCGCAAGACAGUGGAACAGCUGAAACUGGAAGUCAACAUCGAAAGAAUGAUGGUGAGCAAGGAAUGGUUAUUAGGCACAAGAGCUGGAGUAUCUGAAUCUCUUUAUGUUACCAAAAAAGCUGUCCAUUAUCAAUGUACAUUGUAAAUAGAGCACAUUGGCUCCCACUCUCCAAUCUGAUAGCUUUGUCCUUGUUAAUCAUGUGUUCUAUGUGCAGGUGUCCAAAGCAGCGGCUGAUCUGAUGGCCUUCUGUGAGGACCCUCUGGUGACACCAGUGUCAUCCUCUGAGAACCCUUUUCGGGAGAAUAAAUGAUUCUGUGCAAUACUCUAAUCCCCAUACCUUCAAACAAAUUGAAGUUUUUAAAUACAAUAACCCCAAGUUUUGUGUAAUUAUUAACAAUAAUUAAUUGACAGUUCUAAGGACAAAUAAUGAUAAUACAUUGAAGAACACUUGAACAGUUUGGUUUUGUUAGGCCUAGUCAGUGUGAUGAUUUUGUAUUUAAAAAGCUGUAUAUGUAAAUUGAUCUGAUUGACUGAAAUAAAACAUUAUUUACGAUGGGAGCAAAGUUCAUUUGAGGCCUACAAGCCUAGCCUACAUUCUGGGCUCUCCCUUUCAGUACACUGCCCUGACAGUGAGAGAUUACACAUUAACUUAAAUUGCACCUAAGUCGUCCUAAGAACCAGCAAUACUUUACUGUAAAAUACCUAACAUCUAAGAGUUCUGUGAUCCUUUUCAGAGGUUAAACACCAUUAGUGCCAAUAACAGCCCAAUUUCUGUUAUUUUGAAAUUGACAACUUUAACAACAAAAUAGCUAUAUUAUAUUGAGGAUCAAACAGUUCGCAUAUAAAACCAGUAUUUUAUUAUUGAAGUAGGCCUACAUUGCAGGUGCCUCACGUCAUUCCAUUGAUGCAUUACAAUGAUCAAAGAAAAAUAUAUUAAUUAAAUGAAUAGAUAAUCAACAUAAGCAUAUCAUGUGUUAUCCAUUUGUAAUUAGUACCCUGGGGGCUGUGCACCUUGGUCGCAGUCAAGUCAUGCAAAGCAAGCAAGGGCGGUGUCACAUGCUUACCUUACAGAUAGACGAGUAGGUGUGUGCGGACACAGGUACUAGGCCCACUGUUAGUUUUAUAUUCAUCUCAACUAACAGGAUUCACUGAUUUGAGAGGGAGAGGUCGGCCAACUGCGCUGUGACAACGAACAAGGUAUGAGCAUUAAAAAUGGUCUCUGUAUUUUUGUGGUUGUUGUGUAACUUAUUAAUAGUGGAGUAAAAACAUGUUUCUUUCAUGAUUUAUGAAUUAAGGGUUGAAAGUCUAUGGCGUUAACCUGGCAAAGGCCCACGUCAACAAGUCUGAAGGCUACGUUUAUAGGGCCAGACAGAAGAGGAGAAAUUACUCAAUUUAAACUAAAAUCAAUGUUCCUUAGUUUUUAAUUCUGAUGAGAAAAUACAAAUUGACAGAAAAUAAGACUAUAUUCUACGCAAUGUUGAAAUCGAAUGCGAGGCGACCAGUCAAGAAAACCUUGUCUGACAAAUAGCCUACCUACCACUCCUCUUUUAUGUUAAAGAUGCACUCUAAAAUGUUUUUAUCAUUUCAACCAGUUGUUUUGAAAGUGGCGCUCAUGAGCCAAAAGUGGUCCCCGUUUUUUGUGUACUACGUCAUCAAAUUGUGUAUUACAUCAUCCAUUUCGUAAGAUAUGUCACGGCAUGCAAAUGAUUAUUAUUAAAUAUAUUUUUUGCAAUUCAUAUGAUAGGUUAUGAAUCCAAUUCGUACUAUAUAUUAAACAUUUGUUGUGCUUAAGAUCCUGGAGUGCAUCUUUAAGUCAACACACACACACACACCUGAUUCAUAUGUCCUCUGUCGAAACGACAGUAAGUUUUAACCAACCAAAGGUAUGCAAUACAUUACAUGACAAUGAAAGUAACAAAUAUAAAGGAUGGCACUUUAGUCUACUGUAAUGCCUAAUAAACAAAUAACAAACCGGUAUUCACUGCAAGUGACAUCCCACCAGCAUGACUUAAAGGACAAUGAUAUCACCUACAUCACUCACACAGCCAGUUUUCAAACUCUUGUUUUUCAAGUAAAGACAACAGCAAACUGUAGCCUACCUCUCAGCACAUAGUCAACACACUAUUUUUAAUAAGGUACAUUCAUGAUAAUACCAGGUGCCUUUUUAUAGGUUUGCAGUCAAUAUCUCACAAACAAAAUAUUUUAUGACAUAUUUUAACAUCAAUUAUCUGACAUGGCUGGAAACUUCAAACUGGUGUGCAAACUACAGAAUUGUCUUGCCUUGUUCUGCUCUACUAUCCACCUACAGUUUAUUUUUACCCUUCUCUCCUUUGGGACUGCACAAAUUGAUAUGCAUUUUUUAUGAUAUGCAUCUUUGAGAACUGGUAUCUAUCUUGUGGAGGGUCAGAUUAACGAAAGGGCACGCAGAGCACAUGCCCCUGGGGCCCACGACCUCCAGGGGGCCGACAACCCCCUCCAAAAAAGGGCACGUGCCCUGCGUGCCCAUUUGGUAAUCCGGCCCUCAAACCAUUUGUCUUCAACACAUCAUAAGCAAUGGCAAAAUGUGUGGAAUUGCAGGAAAUUAGCUUUAAAACUACCUGGCGGUAGGUGCCCCAGGGCCCCAAAUGCUGUAAUCCGGCCCUGUCCUGGAUGCAUGGGAGGAAAUACCUGUCCUAAAUUGACCUCACAAGAUUAACAAGUACUAUAUUCUGGAUUACUAAUGACUGAAUAGGCCUAUUUUAAAAUAAUUCCAUUUGCAUUGUUUAGUUCAUACACACCUUUUUGCAAAUUGUUUUAAAAGUCGAGUGAAAAUGGUAAAGUUGAUUAAACAAUUAUUUGCCAUGGUACUUACUUUUAUCACAAAACAACUUUCCUAUAAUGUAUUUCACAUUUAAUGCAUACUUCAUAUUUGUCAUUUGUCAGGGUUGACAGGAGGAUGGCCAACUUCAAGGGACAUGCUCUUCCUGGCAGCUGCUUUCUGCUGUUAGGCCUGUGUUGGUCAGUGAAGUACCCUCUCCAACACUGCUGGAGGAGGCGUCAGCCUAAAGGAAGUCAAAAACUGCCCCUGUUCUUUAACAGAAUAGACUUAAUUGAGGGGGCACUCAUGAUUUUCUUUGCCUUUGUGGGUGAGUGUCUUCCCUGGUGCACUUAUUUGGACUGCUCUCUCUUUAAGAUCUUACACUGUGGAAUCUCUCAACCACUGAAUGAUCUGCCAGAGGCUUGCUGUUUGACCCUGAUGUUGUCCUGUCAUUCUGUAGGCAUCAUGGCAGAGCAGUUUGUUCCCGAUGGGCCCCAUACCCACCUGUACAACAGAGAGACCCAGUCCUGGGUGAAGCUGAUGAACUGGCAGCAUGGCACUAUGUACCUCUUCUUCGGCAUCUCUGGAGUUGUUAAAGUCCUCAGUGUGUCAUCGCUUCCAGUCCCACUUGGUCUUGACCGCCUUGCUCUCUCACUGGCUUUUUUUAUUGAAGGUACAGUAUCAAAGGUUGAAUGUUAUUUGUUACAUAUCCAUUACCAGACUAGAGGCGGAUUUUAAUUAGCAGGUAUUCCUACCAUCAGUAUAAUUGUCAUAUUUUUAUUUUUAUUUGCUCUUUGACCUGUAGACACUGAUUAGAUGUUGUCUGCAUAUUGUAUUAAUAUUCUAGGAUGUUCCACUCCCCUCCAGGGUUCCUGUUUUACUUCCAUGUGCACAUGCGCCCUCCUCUGGAUACCCAUAUCCACUCCAUGCUGUUUGUGGCAGUGUUUGGUGUAGCGGCCAGCACCCUGUUAGAGGUGUUCAUGAGAGAUAACAUCGUACUGGAGCUGCUCAGGGCCAGCCUGACCAUCCUGCAAGGCUCCUGGUUCUUUCAGGUAAAACAGUAACCACCACCAAAUGAACCACUAUCAUUUUCAAAUGAGUCAAUCUCAUCACGCUCACACAGAGAAACUGAGCAAAGUGUGUGCUCUUUCAGAUUGGAUUCGUGCUGUACCCAUUAAACGGAGUACAGUGGGAUCUGCAGGCACACGAUAACAUCAUGUUCGUCACCAUGUGCUUCUGCUGGCAUCUAGCUGUGGCCCUGCUGAUCGUUGGCAUCAACUACUGCAUUGGCUGGUGGUGAGCAUCUUCCUUUUUAUCAAUAUUUUUUACAUUUUUAUAUCGCCUCUUUAAUAGGUCAGUUAAACUUCAUAAAAUAAACUAACUCAUUACAUUGACAUAACUUGGGUAAAUUCCCUGCCUGUAUGAGCCAACUCUUAUCCAUGGCUUUUUCUUCUCUGGUCCUAACAGCUGUAUACAAAGAUGUUCAGGAAGAGGAAGUGACAUAGAGAUCAGGAUGAGAAAGACAUCCAGCUCCCAGAAGGCUCUGCUACAGGAGUCAGAUGAAGAUUAGACAGACGAAUCAUGAAGUGUGUACAGUAGUAGAUCACUUAUGGGAUUCUCCACAAUUGUUUGUCUGAAAUUUGAUUAACUGGUUUCUCAGGUUUGUAUCCCUGCUUCUGUGUAUAUUUGUAUUUUGAGUGACAUUAUCUUAUCAAUUAAAUAAUGACAUGCAUUGUCGAGUUCAGAUUCAAGCCAAAUUAAUUGUAAAUAAAAUGAUUUACUGAGCCCUGACAAAUGUAAUGUAAUUCAAAGUAUAAAAGCUAAUAACUGAUUUUCAAGACUGGGGAGGUUGAGGGAAAACAGGGGAGAGAAUUUCAACAUUUCUUCCCUGUUGUGAAACAUUAACAUCGGGGGUGUAUUCAUUAUGUUGUGCAACGGAAAACCAUUUCAAACCAAAAAGAGCAAACGGAACGAAACGGGGAUAGGACCUACCUGAAUUUGGCCAAUAGAAAC